GGAAGAAUCAAGGCUGGUGAAGCGAUCAUCAAAUUGUUGUUGGAAAGGUGACGAAAUCAAUGAUGAUCAGGAGAUCGAUUUAUUUCACUCUGGCUCUUAUUUCUGUUCGAAAACAGCUGCGUCGUCGUCAGCUUCAAAAAUUACCUCUGUUGGGAUGGUUUGUUUGGAGGGCCCGCCUUCCGGAACCGGGGCUGCAAAGAUAUUUCGCCCUGACUCCUUGCCGUUAAUGACUCCUCAACCUCACUUGAGCGCAACUCACUGGGAACGCACUAUAUAAGGACAUUUGAAGAUCAAAAACUGUGUUUACCUCAUCAUAUUUGGCGAUCAACACUCAAAAUGUCGCCCUUCAACUUGGAAACUUGCGCUAGACCAAACAUUUUGGCCCUCGAACCUUAUCGCUGCGCACGAGACGACUACAAAGAUGACGGCACCAACGUCCUUCUCGAUGCCAACGAGAACGCCUAUGGCCCCCCUCUCCCUCCGUCCAUCACAGGCCUUAUUCAGCCCCAAUCCGGCCUCGGUCCUGUAAUCGACCUCCCCGGCCUCAACCGCUACCCAGACCCUCACCAAGUCCCCCUCAAGCAGCUCCUCUGCAACCUCCGCCAAACCCACGUCCACACCCAAAAGAAGCUCUCGCCGGCCAACCUCUUCGUCGGCGUCGGCUCUGAUGAAGCCAUCGACGCCCUCAUCCGCGCCUUCUGCCGCCCAGGUCAGGACAAGAUUCUUGUCUGCCCGCCAACCUAUGGGAUGUACUCCGUCUCGGCCCAAGUAAACGACGUCUCCCUCGUCAAAAUCCCCCUCCUCCCGGGUCCCGACUUCCAACUCGACGUCCCCUCCAUCCUCUCCGCCCUCUCCUCCCCCGAUGCAAGCACCAUCAAGCUAGCCUACUUCUGCUCCCCGGGUAACCCAACCGGCUCCCUCCUCUCCAAAUCCUCCAUCGGGUCGAUCCUCGCCCACCCAACCUGGAACGGCGUCGUGGUCGUCGACGAGGCCUACAUCGACUUCGCGCCUGACUCGGCCUCCCUCGCCGAAUGGGUCGUCGAGUUCCCCAACCUCGUCGUGAUGCAGACCCUUUCCAAGGCGUUCGGGCUGGCGGGUAUCCGUCUCGGUGCUGCCUUCACCUCCCCCGAAAUUGCCAGGCUUCUCAACGCGCUCAAGGCUCCCUACAACGUCAACAACAUCACCUCCGCGAUCGCAGAGUACGCCCUCUCCCCCGCCGGCCUGGAGGUCAUGAGGGCGAACAAGGCUGCUCUGCUGGAGCAGAGGGACAGGUUGCUGAGGGAGAUGCCCACGAUCCCCGGGGUGGGCAAGCUCAUGGGCGGGACCGAGAGCAACUUUUUGCUGUACGAGAUGCUCAACAAGGACGGGCAGCCGGACAAUGCUGUUGCGCUGGCUGUGUACGAGGGUCUGGCGGAGACCAAGGGCGUGGUUGUCAGGUUCAGGGGCAAGGAGCACGGGUGCUUGGGCUGCCUGAGGAUCACGGUUGGCACCGAGGACGAGGUGACGAGGUUCUUGGAAGCCAUCAAGAAGCAGCUUGAGCAGGUCCGGGGGGUGGAUGCGCGAAGCGAUGAAGAGGAGAAGGAGAAGGCUGCCAGUGCCGUUGUUGCGUAGGGUUGGACUACUUGAAUGUUCCAAACUCGGAUUGAACGUCACUGAAAAAAAACACACAAAAUGAAUCACCAGAGACCAUCUUGUUUAUGUAUCUGCAUGUCUGUAUGCUUUUCCCCUGCCUAAUGCAAUUGAUUCCAAGAUUUCCUCCAGGCCACAU